GCUGCCAUGUUGACCCUUAGCUGGGCAUUUCAACAGACAUAUCCUGCUGAGGCUGCUGACAUGUCACUGUCCAUUCCACUACUUGUGCUGACCAACCAUUUUCUUCUUGUGUGGUGUGCAGCAGUUGGCUUAAACCAGCAAGACGAUGCCCCAGUGUUGGAGCUCAGCUUCCAAUCUCUGGACUACAGAAACAUCUUGCAUUGGAAACUACAACCCAGCACCUCAGACGUAGUUCUCUUCUCUGUGCAGUAUAAAAUAUAUGGUGACAAGCAGUGGACGGACGUUAGGCACUGUCAGAACAUCAGCCAGCUCCAAUGUGACCUCAGCAAAGAGACGUCAGAUCCGAGAGAGUGGUACUACGCUAGAGUCCAAGUCUCCACCAAUGGCGAACAAUCGGAAUGGGCCCUAAGUUCCAGGUUCCAUCCUCAGUGGGAAUCAUCGUUCAGCCCACCACAGAUAAGGCUGAAUGUCACACAGCAAAGCAUUGUGGUCCGGGUCCGACCCCCUCGCACCCCUCUCAGGAGAGCUGACGGCAGACGCAUCCCUGUAACCAAAUACCAGAGGCUUAACUUCAGGAUAUACCUCACACAUGACAACAUAGAAGAGGAGCAGCAUGAAAUUGAGGACUGUACCAAAGAGCUUAUGAUCUUGAACCUGAACCCCAGAACAACCUUCUGCCUCCAGGCUGAGACCCUGGUCGCCCGGCGGGGGCAAGUUAGUCCCAGGGGGCCUAAGACCUGCGUCACCACCCUAUAAGCAGCGAGGGCCCAGGGGAGAAAAUUGCACUGGAUUCCCGUGUCCAUCCGCAUCCGUUUGACUUGAAAGAUGACUCAGAGCAGAAGAUGGAUCUAACUUGACCUCAGCUUCCUUGUACUUUGUCUGUUUGCUUUAUAUGAUGUUUGUAAAAUGAUUUAAGAGUUGCCAAAGUAGCAUUUAUUUAUCCUAGUUGCCAUGUGAUGACUGCAUCUCAGUAGAUUCUGAAGAACCAUUCUUAAGUGCCUGACUUUUUAAUUUUGGUUUUGCUUAUCAAUACCUCGACACAGCAUCUGCCAACUGGAAUUUUCUGAAUUAUGACAUAUUAUGGAGAUUAUGCAUUUUUUUUGACUGUGGCUGUCUUUACAUUUCAAAAAGUAAAGAAUGCAAAUUGAAUGUCUGCUUUUGAAAAAAAUGUGUGGA